UGGCGUCGCUUCUCUCGCCCUCCUUCCUGCUGCAUCAUCGCUGCUGCCCACCGCGCGCUGCUCCUGCCAGUGCCGCCCUCCUGCCCGAACCGGAUCGGACUGGACCGGACCCGCCAGUCGGGCCAUGGCCAAGCAAGAGCAGGUGCUCCAGCUGGAGCCGCAACACGAACUCCGAUUUAAAGGUCCAUUUACAGAUGUUGUCACUACAACCCUGAAACUCAAUAAUCCAUCAGAAAAAAAUGUCUGCUUUAAAGUGAAGACUACAGCACCUCGCCGCUAUUGCGUUCGACCCAACAGUGGUGUCAUUGAUGCUGGGACAUCCAUCAACGUCUCUGUCAUGUUACAACCAUUUGACUACGAUCCUAAUGAGAAAAGCAAGCACAAGUUUAUGGUGCAGUCUAUGGUGGCUCCUUCAGAUAUGACGGAUAUAGAGGGAGUGUGGAAAGAAGCUAAACCUGAAGAGCUGAUGGACUCCAAGCUACGAUGUGUCUUUGAGCUUCCAGUUGAGAAUGAAAAGCCUCAUGACUCUGAUGCAAACAGAAUUAUGUCCACAAGUGCAAUAAAGACAGAAUCCUCAUCUUUAUCCAAAUCGGUCAGCUCCUCUCUGGAUGAAGGUGAAGCUAAAAAGGUAAUGGAAGAGUGUAGAAGGCUUCAGAUAGAGGUUCAACGACUGAGAGAAGAAAACAGACUUAUAAAGGAGGAUGAUGGCCUCCGAAUGAGAAGAACCUCUCCAGUGGCUAGUGGACCUUCAACAGGUGCUACAGCUGUAAUGAAGGAAGAAGGGCCUACCACUCGACUGCUUGCACUGUCUGUUUUAUUCUUUAUUAUUGGUGUUAUUACAGGGAAAUUGGUCUUGUAGAAUCAGCAUGUGAAUGGAAUAUCCAUUCUGGUUUGAUCAAAAUGCCAUAUCACUGGGGUAGUAUUGAAUCAUACUGUGUUUAAAAAUAAAACAAAAACUCAUGAAAGAGUCUCACAGGUCUUGCCUUUAAUUAAUUAAUCUUCCCCCUCCCAUCUUGCACAGAUACUUUUAAUUUUAAUGAGAAAAUCAUAUCUUGCGUUGGGGAAACCAAGAAAAUGCGUGUUUGCGGAGACGUAGGAAAGAGUGAAAUCGUGCAGGGGUGCAGCAUAAAUGUUAAUUUGCUGACCCUUAAGUAAAAGUGCAUUUAGCACCUCUGUUCAGCUGUGUCACUACAGUUAAUGUGAAGCUGCCACCGCCGGCCAAGGAGACACCGCUCGUCUGGCCAUUAGGUCCCUCUCUGUCUGGGUGGUAUAUGUUUUCACAAUGUUCCCGUUACACUUCCAAACUGUAGUGGUGACAGCUCACAUGAUCCUGUCUGAUCCAAUCCAGCGCUGGCAUUUACCAGUUGGGUUAAUUUAGACCAGUGAGCUUCCUCCCCAGUUUGUGAUUGCUGCUCAUUUCCUCAUAAUAUUCUCAAGACUCCAUCCAUGCCAACUGUGGACUCUGCAAAAUCUUUUCACGCACUGUAUAUACAUAUAUAAAUAUAUAUAUAUAAAUAUAUAUAAAAUUAGUCAAAUUUAUCCUGGAAAUUGUACUGAUGAAACUCGGCUUGCAAGGAUGAAAUAUACUGGAUACUGUUUAGAUUUUUGUCCAAGAGGAUGUUUCUAACUGGCUGCCAUCUAAAAUCUAAAACAAUUGUCUUAACGGGACCACUUUGUGACUAGAAGUAGGUUUCGCUUUUUUUUCUUUCUGUUCUUUUUUUUUUUUUUUUGACAAAAAUGUCAAUGAAAUACUGUUGAAGUAUAAAUUAUUUUAAUGUAUUACAUGUCAAUUACAAAUUGUAAUAAAAUAACUUGCAAAAUGAAAUGAGUUCUUUCUAAAAAUUUAUAGAAAGGUGGAAAGUGUUAUUUGUGCCGAGAGGGGGUGACCUCCCCUUGCGUAUUCUGCAGAGACCAUCACCACAUUUGUCACAAUUGUCGGCAAACAGUUUGUACGUAUAUAAAUAACAAUCUUAAGAAAUUAAUACUCAUAAUUAUCUAGUCUAUUGCGUAACGACCGACCCUGUUGGACUAUGUAGCAUCUUAAUAAAUUAAAUAAAGCCCCAUACCUGCUUUGUUUCA